GGGUAUUUCGUAUUUUUAGUGCUAAUUCUCCCGGCUUCAUCCACGAAGGUACUCAUAGCCUGGAACUAAGGGCCUGCUGAGCAGGAUGAUGUCGCCAGGGGCGUUCGAGCGUACGCAUAAGCGCCACGUGACGGAUAUCAUUCGAGUAGCGCUUGAGCGGAAAGGUGUCAUCGGCUUUAUCGACGUUCACGACGGAAUGACGCUUCUUGAGGCUCGCACGCUUAUUUGGGAGAAUGUCGAAGAUGCGCCGGCCGAGUUUCAAUUCGUUCUGGAUGAUGGCGUCCCUGUUAGCGCACGACAAGAAGGCACUCAAAAGAUUGCGUACUUCUAUCCGAUGGUGAGAAUUCGAGAGCUGCAUGCUCGACGAGUACCAGCCCCUUCCCCAUUAUCGUCACCACACCGAUUAACCAGUACUGCGACGUCUGUAGCAAGUACUAACCUGUCAUCUGGCUCGUCGGAAAAGGUAUGUGUGCGUACAGCGUCCGGAGAAGAAUUCCACGUGUGGAUAACCGAGGACUACACAUUUCAGCAACUACGACGCGACGCCGCUCGAUAUUGGAAUAUUCCUGCUGGUGAAGUCGCAUUAGUAGAUGGAGAAGGAUGUUUGUGGCCGGAGCAAGCCAAGAUCCUCUCAUUAAUGAGCGUGGAAGAGCUUCACAACCAUGGAAUCAUCCUCGAAUACAAAGGAGGCACAAUCGUGGCUAGAGCUACAAACGGUGUCAGUCUUAAAGAUGCUAUGAGUGCUGCAGCAGGCGGGAAAGAUAAACGACCAGGCACUCGACGUGCGAUUUCGGCUUCAACUUUCGCAUUAUCACUACCUCAGCCAUUAGUUAGUCAAUCAAGUUCUUCGUAUACGUUGCGACGGUCGUUGUCAGCGACAGAUCCCGACGUAACUUCUGCUGAAUCGAUGCUCUCACCUUCUGCUACGAGUCCUGUCGAAGAACUUUGGCGAAUUUUUACGUUCUACUGCGUGAAUGGAGACAGUAUGGAACUGGAGUGCCUGAAAGCUCAUCAAUUCAACAAACUACUACGCGAUUCACGAGUCUUUGGAGGGCAUUUAACACCAGCGAUGGUCGACAUUAUUUACACCUCGGAAACCAAAGGGAAACCUCAAACAUCCGGCAAGAUGAACUAUGAGGAAUUUCUCAACGCGCUCGUGAAAGUGGCUCGAGCAGCUCAUACGAAGGGGAAUCGAGCCAACUCCUCCAAGCUCUUGUGCGACAGUGACGAGGAAGACGAGCUGUUCCAGAAACUGGUCAUGGACCAAAUCCUGCCUUUGGCGGCUCGGUGGCCAACGGACACUUGGUCGCAGCACACGCAGCGGCUACGAAGACCUGAACUCGUGUCCUUUAUGUCGAAAUUCCUUGAGCCGCUCGUUGACAUGUUCAUGUUCUAUGCCAAGAGCUACAACACAAACGUAUCCGGGGUCAGGGAAUUCUACAUGUCAUACGCUGACUACCAGAGAUUUAUCAACGACUUUUGCUUCGCCAAUCUACAGCUCUCAAGUGUUGAGGCUGCACACGUUUUCCUGGCAUCUUGCUCAAGUCCUCCCUUUCACGGAGCCCUAUUUGACGCUGCAGCAAGUAGUGACAAAACUCAAAAUGCAGAUUGCAAUGAAUCAAGCUCGCAAACCGGAGAAAGUGUGUCCAGUUCAACGGGAGUUGGUUGUAACACUGGCAUAGCAUCAAUUCAGCGCAUUCUCGAAAGUGUUGAAGGCGCUGUGGCCUACACAUUUCCUCAAAACCAAGUGGGGCGAAUGUGUAUGGGAGUAUCCGCGUUUCUCGAUGCUCUGGGACGUAUUGGGCUUACAGCAUUCUCGAAGACGAGAUCGCUCAAGACAAUCCACUGCGUAAAGGGGGUAUUUCACCACCUUAGUCGAGGAUUGACACGAUCGCGAGUGCUGGAGAUCCUGAAAAAUCACGGAUCUACCGCGAUGCAUGCCACAAAGUUUUAUUCGGGAAGUGUAGCUUUCUGCAACAAAUUCCUCGAUAUGUGGCGAUAUGAGGGUUCACCAGAUUAUCUGACACUUGACACUACGAUCGGGUACCUUGGUUCCCCGGAUGCAAAAACGAUGUCGUCCACAGUACCAUUAACUGUCGGGGUUUCCACUGGCACCGAAGCUAUUGUUUGCAGUACUGGGGCUCCAUUUGUCGGUAAUACGUCUCGUCGGGUCCUCUCAGCCCCAUUUUCAUCAAAUUCGCUUUUCAACGACAAAAAUGUACCAAAUUGCAGUGGGCGCGGACGUGAGGCUCUUGAUCGGCUUGUGCGGAAUGCAUUCUUACGCAAUGCUAUCACCGCUAAUGAGCAAAAUGUGAGCUUCGAGUUCACAAGCAGAACCCCCUCCAAUGAGAUGUCAGUUGAACAAAAUAUCGAUUUUAGCAGAACAACGGACCCACCUCUUGAUAGUUUGCUCAUCGCUGACGAGAUUGAGGAAGAAGAACGCGUGGCAGAGCCAGCCCCUGACACUGCAGCAGCCAAGAACCCGGACAGCAAAUUAAGUAUUUCGCUUGAGAUACCGGCGAUCGACACGAGGCAAGCAACACCCCCACGAAGCCCAACGGUACAACUGCGAACGCAUACACCACCUUUUAAGGCUCCUCUGCGCCAAGAAGACGAGAAGGUUUUCUUCGAGAGUAUUCUCCUGAAAGGCGGUGUCUUCAAGAAGUACGGCCAAUGGGGAAAACCUCAUCGACGAUUUGUAUGGUGCUCGAAAGACUUCGACGAGAUCUACUGGAGACCUCUCAACAAGAAGAGCAGUCUUACAAAAGAUGGCAUUGCAGUGAACUCGAUGAUAUCAGUUCUGCCUGGAAAUUCCGCCCGCACGCGCUACGCAUUCAUGAAGCACUUGUCCGAAGAUAAGGCAAUCGGGCGCUGCUUCUCCGUUGUCGCGGAGGAUCGACGUCUCGAUCUAGAAGCAGACUCAGAAGCUACACGCGAGUUAUGGACCAGUGCGCUUGUGUUCCUGAUGAGGGAGCAUCAUUCACGUGCAGGCAGAAAUACCUAAUUUAUUAGACAUCCUGGAAGCACAAAAACAUUAACCGUUCGGUACCAAGUAAAGUAAAAUGAUUUCUUGAAUCUCUUCGCUUCCUACACGAAC